GCGAGAGUUGGCCGGCCCGGCGCGGCGAGGCCGAGGCGCUCCGGGCCCUUUUCAAACCCAGCGGUAGCGGGGCCGCGGCCCGGCUACGAAAUGGCGGAGAACGAUAAGCCGGAGGCUGCGGCCGCCGCGCCGCAGCGCGGAGCCGAGGAGGCCGCCGCCGCCAGCCAGCCGCCGGCACAACAACAGCAGCAACAGCCGCCGCCGCAACAGCAGCCGCCACAACAGCCUCCGCGGGAUGAGGAGGCGGCAGCGACAGCGGCAGCAACCGAGAGCGGCGGGGGCAGCGCUAAUGGCGUCAAAAUGGAUAAUGAUGAGACAGCAAAAGAUGAGAAGGCACUUGUGAAAGAGAAGUACGUUGCAAAACCGAAGGCAAUCCCUUCUCUUGGAAACAAGAAUAGAUUCCACCCCUAUUCAAAGGACAAGAAUGCAGGCACUGGAGAGAAGAAGGCUAUUAAUCGUAAUAGAGUUUUUAUUAGCAACAUCCCGUAUGACAUGAAGUGGCAAGCUAUUAAAGAUCUUAUGAGAGAGAAAGUUGGUGAGGUUACAUACGUGGAGCUGUUUAAGGAUGCUGAAGGAAAAUCAAGGGGUUGUGGUGUCGUUGAAUUCAAAGAUGAAGAAUUUGUUAAGAAAGCGUUAGAAACUAUGAACAAAUAUGAUCUUAGUGGAAGACCCCUGAAUAUUAAAGAGGACCCUGAAGGUGAACAUGCUCGUAGGGCAUUGCAGCGUGUAGGAGGACAGUUUCCAGGAGGACAUGGACCUGAUGUGGCACCUGGAAUAAUGAAUUUACCACCUUCUAUUCUCAAUAAUCCAAACAUUCCUCCUGAGGUUAUCAGUAACUUGCAGGCAGGCAGGCUUGGGUCCACUAUUUUUGUUGCUAAUCUUGACUUUAAAGUUGGCUGGAAGAAACUGAAGGAGGUAUUCAGCAUUGCUGGAACCGUAAAGCGUGCAGACAUCAAAGAAGAUAAAGAUGGCAAGAGUCGAGGAAUGGGAACAGUUACCUUUGAACAAGCAAUUGAAGCUGUUCAAGCAAUAUCUAUGUUCAAUGGACAAUUCCUGUUCGAUAGGCCCAUGCAUGUAAAAAUGGAUGACAAAUCAAUUCCUCAUGAAGAUUUCCGUGUUGCAGACAGCAAAACCUCACAAUUACCUCGUGGUCUUGGUGGCAUUGGUAUGGGACUUGGACCAGGUGGACAGCCCAUCAGUGCAACACAGUUGAGCAUGGGUGGUGGAAUGGGGAGCAUGGGUCCAGGAGGUAUGGGAAUAGAUGGUCCAGGAUUUGGCGGAAUGAAUAGAAUGGGAGGCGGACUUCCUGGAUUUCGUGGAAUGGAAGGAAUGCCUAAUAUGGGAGGAUUUGGAGUCAGCCGAAUGGGAGAAAUGUUCCGUGGUGGAAUGGGAGGAAACAUGGACAGAGAUUUUGGUCGGGGUGACAUGGCAUUGAACCGUGGUUUUGGAGAUUCUUUUGGAAGGAUGGGUGGUGCAAUGAUUGGUGUUUUUGCAGGAGGAAUGGGAGCGCCUAGCAUGGGCCCAGUAAGAUCUGGAAUGAGUGGUGGAAUGGGUGGUAUGAACAGUAUGGCUGGAGGAAUGGGAAUGGGGAUGGAUCGGAUGAGUUCUGGUUUUGAUCGAAUGGGACCAGCUAUGGGUGGAGGCCUGGACAGGAACAUCGAUAUCGAUCGAGGAUUUGUGCCUGGCCCAAUGGGAAGUGGCAUGAGAGAGAGAUUAGGCUCUAAAGGCAACCAGAUAUUUGUGAGAAAUCUUCCUUUUGACUUGACCUGGCAGAAGCUAAAGGAGAAAUUCAGUCAAUGUGGUCAUGUAAUGUUUGCAGAAAUAAAAAUGGAGAAUGGAAAAUCAAAGGGCUGUGGAACAGUCAGAUUUGACUCACCAGAAUCUGCUGAAAAGGCCUGUAGGAUAAUGAACGGCAUAAAAAUCAGUGGCAGAGAAAUUGAUGUACGCUUGGAUCGCAAUGCAUAAUUUAAAACUGUGUGUUCAGGAACAUUCCUAUGUCUGUUUAGCUUCUCUAUCCUAGUAAGUCAUUUUUAGUAACAUUGUAUGCUUACAAAAGCUGUAAAAAGGAACUUUUAAAUCCCACCAGCCUUUAACAGUAUAGUGUUUAAUAUACUGUGAUACUUGUUAACUGAAUCUUACUAUGUUUGGUUUUUAAAGACAAUUUGCCUGAUUUUUGUUGUUUUUUUAGAGGCACUGAGCACCUGCAGGUCCCUGUAGACCACAGAAGCUUUGGAUGCUCAGCGCCUUUGGAAAAUUAGGCCAAGUGUCUCUAGUCAUUCAGUUUAAAUGAAUGGUUAUACUGUUUUUAAUAAAAUAAGCCAUUUUCUCUGUUAAUCUCAAGAUUGCAUAGUGGGAUUUGUUUAGUGUUUUCUGAUUCCCCCCCUCCCCCCAGCGUGUAUCAAAAUUGUAAUGUAAAAAUUAGAUGGGUUUUUUUUUUUCAGAAUUUUGGUUUUAUAUGUGCGUUGUAGUCAUACUGUAAUUCUUGACUCUAAAAGGAAGGGCUCCAAUUAGGCUGUGAUGUUUUCAUUCUACUUAAUAUUACUUUAAUGACAUAGUUCUGUAAAUAAGAUUAGAGCCCAAUGGGAGUUUUGAGUUUUUUUUUUUUUAUUUUGACUAAAUGAAGAAACUGAUCUUUCUCUCCUGCUUUUAUUUUCAUCAGUAUAAUCACUGAUUAAAACUAGUUACCACAGACCCUUGUAGGAUUGUUCCCUAUGAAGCCAAGUUCAUAUAAAAUUGAUACUAUAGUAAAUACUAAGUACAGUACAAGACAAAUUGCUCCCAAUUUUUUAUCUAUUUUCCAGCCAUUCAGGUGAACUGCCAGAAAAAUAAAAACAACAGAACAGAUAAGAGAAAUGGCUGUGUAUGUCAAACCACUGCUGUUCACUUCUAUGGGUCCUGAUGUAUUUAUGAAGGCAGUUUUUAUAAACCAGGGUAUUCCCAAACAGAGCAUGUCAAAUACAUUGGAUCCUACAAUGUUAGACAUAGCCAUAUCUCCAUUUCCUGUAAAAGAAGAAAUACAAAUAAGUCUGCUUAAUUGUAUUGUAUGAAAUUGCCAAACUGUUUUGGAGGAACAGACUGUCAGCCCUCAAUUUCUCACAGAGCACCCUUUUCAGACUUCUCAUUGAAGGAACUAUAGUCAUGAUUCUACAGAACAUGGUUUUGGGUACCACAAGCAUAAAAAAAAAAUUCUCCCUAAAUCACCAGCAUCUGCACAGUUGCACUUAAAAUAAGCUAGACAGGCUAUUAUAAAAUCCAGUCAUGUUUAAAAUACCAAGACCUACAGUUGUGUUUUGCAGUAAAAUGUAACACUUGAUCAACAACAAAUCAAACCAAUCUAGAAUACUUCUCUGAGAUACUCUGAGAGGUUUUUAAAUGUCUGAGCCACAGCUUCUUCAGGUAAGCUAUUUAUUUAUUAUUAGUAAACUUAAGCUCUAGGAUCUGGAGCAAAAAUUUUGAAGUUACUCCUUGAAUUUCUGGAAAUGUUGACUAGAAUUCUUUUUUUCAUAGUACCUUUUAAACACAUCCAUUGGAAUGAGCCUGAAUACUAAAAUCUUUACCUUUUCGAGCCACCAGCACACUUGCAACUGUAUCUGGUACACUUGUUCCUGCUGCUAGUAAUGUGAGACCCAUUACUGACUCCGGAAUUCCCAGUGUUUCACCUGCAGUUGAUAAAUAACGGUAGAAAAUGCAAGCAUGUUUUUAGUUUAAGUUUCAUCCAAAGAAAUUGCUUUGGACUUUGCUGGAGAAAGGAUUGGUAAUCAUACAGUAAUUUCAAAAGGAAUCUGUCAGCUAACUUGACUAAAUAUGAAGUGAUUGAACUAUGAAGUAGUUAAAAACAAGAACAACAACAAAGAAAUAUCAUCCUGUCCUUGUUCUUCAAUCAAAUAAAAAAGGAAUUGUAGUAUAGUAACCAUCUUACUUAACAAGUUUCUCAAAAACCUGAGUGGAAUGUCUCCAGUGGUCAAGACAAUACCAAUUAUUAAUUUUUCUUUCAGAUACAGUAGAAGUUUAAAUAUCUAACAAUUUGCUCCUUUUUUUUCUGAACGUCUGGAAAAUGUAAUAGUCUUCUAUGUUGUUGGGCAUCUCAUUGUUAGUGCUCAAAAGUCUCAUGAAGCAAUAACUCUUACAAUCACCCACUCUUUAAAGGGGAGGAAAAAAAGCACAUGAAUUUUCUUGGGGAGGAGGGUCAUUAAGAUCAUUACUACAAUACUAUCUCAACUACAUGGCUUUAAUAUUUCACUCCAAUUAGAAAGUUCUUAUGUUGGAUUCAGAAGAAUCAAAAUGCAGAAUUUUUAUAUGACUUGUAAAUGCAAGUAAUCCUUUAGAAGUGUGAGUUUCUUUAGGUAAAUACUGGUUUAAAUUAAGAAAAGUUUUAAAUUGUUACUAAAGCAGCAGCUUAUUUUUCCCCACUUUUUUUUUUUUAGCCCCACAUAUCCUGUGAGCGUAUUAAUUUCUCACUUAAAAUACAGGGAUUCAGAUCUUCAAAACUGUUUUAGCAGUUGUACUAUUCACAAGCAUCAAUAUACUGAAGUAUUCGAUACCUCUAUUCAAACUAUUAAGUAGUUUUUCUUAAACUUUUUUGUUCACUAAAAAGUAUCUUAUUUUUUUUUAUUGAAAUCUGAAUUCUUACUUGCAAUAUUUGGACACUAAUAAGAACAGUUUUCUUAAAAUAAGAGGCUCUGUAAGCUAGGUCAGCAAUGCUUGCCUAGUACAUACCAGCUUAGUCUAGAUCAGCCAGUAAAUUUAUAUUUGAAGCUAUUUGUUGGUUCAGAGGGGCUAACACGAUCCUGUUGCAGAAUUUGUACUGGUAUUUAUUCUUCCAUCUCUCCUAAUAUAAGAGAUGUGUAGGACGAGGGACCAACAAGAUCAGCUUUUAUAAACCAUCCAGGCUGGAAAAUGAUGGUUCACGCUAAGCAAACCGAAGUGAAAUACGAAUGAACCAUCCUUAUGUACCCAACAGUAAUUUCUAGCCCUCCGAAGGUUAUAAGAUAGAAUACAAACUCAGGUGAAUCUAAUUUUUCUCUUUUUAUUAGAUAGAUUUAUCUUCUAUUUAAUGUGUAGGGUUUUUUUCUGGCAACUGACCAUAAUGAGAGAAUGGUCUUAUUUUUCUAGCCUUUAGUUAAUUUUGUGUAUCAGUAGCAAUAUCUUGCUAUAAGUAGUCAAAUUUUCUUUGCUAGCAACAGAAAGGUGUACUAAGUUAGGUUUGUUCUUGGCCGUCAAAAUUUAGACCCCAGCUGUGAUGCCUUUGUGACAUUCUGAUAGGCUGUUUAUGCAACAAUAGAAUCUGAGUCAUCCUUCAUGAAAGAACCUGGACUUGAAUGUAACGUGUGUGUAAUUUUUAGUGGUUUAAUACGUAAAUAGAACAUAUUUGACCUAGAAGUAGUGGGCCGAAGACCCCAAUACUCUUUGUGAUGACUCUUCAAAGUGGACUAACACUAAUACACUAUUUGAAUCUCUCUUGCUUUCAUAUGAAUUAGUGCUUUGUCUAGUAGAACAGCAAUAACUUUGAUUUGAAUCCUGUUUCAAAGGCUUCUAGCAUUCAGACAGUAAACUCUUGGUCUCUAGAUACAAGUGGAAAAUUGUUUGACCAAGGAGUGAACCUGGUGGGUGUUAUAUCUAGCGAUCUACUAGUAAUUUCUCAAAGGUUUACCAAAUGUGUAGGUCUGUUUCUGCACCGAACAAGGAGUUAUUCAUUGAACUUAAGUUGAAAACAAGUUUAGGAUGCUGAACUAGCAGAAUACUUGAGUAGGAUUAGUGAGCUAUAAUGUGGAAAUGGCAAGCUUUGUAACAUUUCUUUCUUGUUUAGAGAUUUGUUUUCUGCUUGUUCUUAAAAUUAAAAACUGGAUUUUUCUCAAGCUGACUGGAGAAACAGUGAAGUGAGGAGAUCUUUAAUACCUUAAGAUACUUUUAAGAGAAUAUUUUUACAUGCAAAUUCAUACCCCUUCUCUUACUUCAAUGCAAUUAUUUUACUGCUUCACUUUAUGAUGCAGAUUUGUAAGAGGUAUGCAUACACACACCCCAAGAAUAUUUAAUAAACACAUGAUGCUAUAGUUGAAAUAAAAUAGUACAAAAAUUUGGGAGGUUUUUUUGACAGUUAAUUUAAUGCCAAAUCCGUUACUAUUUUGUGUUGAAGAAAAAUACAGGUAUAGAAAUAACGGAUCUUUUGCAGAGUCCUGAACCUUUAAUUCCAGUCUUGGUGGAUUCCAUGUUUAUCAGGCUUCAGCUUGACAAGUUUAUUGCUGUGUAUCUAAUUGUUUCACUUGAUGAAGCAGUUUAAUGAAACUGUCUCUUUUUAAAUAUAGGCUGGUUUUUGUAGGUAUGUAAACAAAUUCUUCAUUUGAUGGUAAGCAGACUGAAGCAGCUAAACUCUAAAGUGGUUUUCAUUAGAUGGAAGAAGGUGGCAAACUAAGUAUUCAAACAUAAGUUGGUUUUGUUUGUUGUGUUUUUUACAGCAAAGUACGUGUUGCUAAACUGACUGUUAGCUGUGGAAAGGAAAACUCUUCACAGGGAGAAAACUCUUUUUUCGGUGAUUCUCGAUUGGUUGAUUCUGUAUAGCAGCAGCACUUUAGGUACCUACCUGCUAUUGUUAUCAUCCAUACAAGAACAUAAGUUAUUGCCGAAAUCCAUGCUGCUGAAAUUAAAAACGUCACCAUGAACCAGUUCCUCCAAAACUGUCUUCUGCAAUCCGGUAUAGUCAAAUAGAGUAGUGUAAUAAUAGGAAGGGAUAACACCCACAAAAUUCUCUUUAUAUCUGCUUCAGGCAUGGUGAAGACACUUGGAUGAUCUGUGGAAGAAAAAGUAACUAUUUUAAAUUGUAGCUUUAAGUUUGAAUCGGUAGCAUACAGUCAUUACUGGCCUCUACUUGUGAGAAUACUGAAAAAAGUUUCAGAACUUCCUCAAGUUCUAAGUGUGGUCUUACCCAGUACCUACAUCACACUGGACAAAACUCUGAAACCAAAUGUUCUUUAUUACCAUGUCACUAGGAGAGAACCUAAGGUGGAUGAAAAAUGAACUUUUCUAUAAAGGUUUACACAAAAUGUUUACCAAGAGUAAGUACCAACUGCUGUUUUUUGCCUAAGUAAAGAGGAAAUUGAUGAUCUGUGGCCACAUCAUAGCUAUUUCUUUACUUCUGAUAUCAUGCAUAUUUUGGGCUGUGAACCUGCCACUGUCAUAAGAAAACAGUAUAUAUUAGUACAGUACCAGUGUGUCUUUCAGCUGAUACUGCAUUUUACAAGCAGUGUUGAUGGGAAGUUUCAAAUGUGAACAGCAAAGACUGAUGGAAGUCUGCUGUUCUAAUAUGACACAAAUGAGCAACUUUCCUAGCGUUCCUCUAGCAACUAACUUCAUAUAAAUACCACCACUCUGAUUUUGCUGAAUGUUAUAUUCCAGGGAAGAAUAAUGAUUUACUUAAAUACUAUGCUGGAGUUCUUUUGUGAACAAAAUCUUAAUAAUAUCUCAGAAUCUACUCUUUAUUAGAACUGAUGCAGACAGGCAUGCAGAGUGCUAGAGACAACUGUAAUAAUACUUAUACCUUCAGAGAUCUCAUCAAGCCCAUGCAAGCUUGUUGAAAGUUGAGUGUAGUCCAGCUCAUCUUGAAAAAUUCCACUAUCUGUUCUUGACUGUUGACGAAUUAGAGGUCUGCUCUCUUCCCUCCAUCCAACCAGUGGCUGCUGCUCAGCAUUCUCUUCCAUAGCUUUUGUAAAACACGUACAGCAGGGACUGAACUUUUUCAUGAGGUAUUGGUUGAUUUUAAUGUCAAAACAUAGUACCAGAAUAUAACACCCGUAUAUCAAUAAUAAGGAUGCACUUUCAUACCUAGAAUGAAAAACAGAUUUUAUAUAACAUGUAAUAUAAAACCCCCCAACUCUUUAACUCAUUAAAAUGGCUGGCGUAAGGAGAGCAAGAGAGAGAAGAUUUGCAUGAAUAGCGAAAGGAAAACACACAAAAGCACCUAUUUGCAGUUGUAUGGCCAGUGUCAUGGAAGUUUGAGUGUCCCCCGUGUCUUUCAGCAGUUUGAUUAAUUCCCCUCCCCUGCAGAAUCUUGUUUGUGUAUUGUAUAGCUGCAUGUUUUCCAGGGGAUCUUACUGAUUGAACAUCUUGCUGAUGUUUGCAAAAUUGAGUCUUCAUGUGAUGGUUAAAGAGAGGGAUAGUGUGUGCUGUUUUGAGUUAGAAACUUCAGAGACUUAGUGCUGGACCUGACUGACUUGUUGAGGCAACAGGAGUUUCAGCCUUGACAGAAGAGAGUUAAAACAUCAGAAGCUCAUGAUCUGCUUCUGGCAGACAAAUGUUUUAUCAGUGAUGCUAUCAAAGGAAAGUCUCAGGAGGAGUAAACUAUAUGAAGACUAAUUGCUAUGCCAAAACAGUUAUGAUAGAAAUUGUGAAGUCUGUACAGACAAACCUAUGCAGAUCAAACUUUAUAAAUAUGCAGGGUUUGAAUGUUUAGGUAAUAAUCUUUGCAAGCAUUGUGACUUUCUAUGUUUUUUAAAGCCAACAGAAUGUUUAUUUCUGUUAGUGAAUGGCAGUUCAGGCUACUUGAAGUUUGGGUUUGGGGUUUGUUUGUUUUUCAAAACACUGUCUCACUAAUCUCCAGUCAACAUGAAUUCAACACUACUUGUGCUCUUACCAGUAAAUUCUGUUGUCAGAUAUCAUCGCAAGGACCGCCGCUACGCUAAUUGUAUAUGCCAGACAGUCUCUAAACAGCGGCCAACAGGAUAGCCUCGAAACCUGCAGAUCACAGAUUCAUUUACUUUUCUUAAACUUGUCUGUAAUACUUUCACUAAGUGCUGUAAAUGCUGCAUCAAUAUGUUGUUUCUAUACUAUGUAAAAAUUUAAGAUUCUUAGGAAUGACUUAAGUAUGAUAUUUAACAAGUUAGUGUUUUUAAAAACUUUCAUAGCAAGUUAUCUUAAAACUGAUUACAUGCUGGUUUUGCUACUAAAUAAUAAACUUGGCAGUUGUCAUAGUAAGUCUCUCUUGGCUUUUGUUGGCAAAUCAGAAAGGAUAACCAUUUGGCUCUUAGGAGCAGAACUAUCAAAGUUGACACAUACCACGCUGGAAAACAGCCCACAAGCUGCAGAAAUACCAAGAAGAUUAUAGAUCGCUGAUCCAAGGAUGGUGCUGACGCCGAUAUCACCCUUUGUCACGAAGACUCCUAUAAGGAAAAUGACUCUCUGGUAUGUUUCAGUUUGGCAUGCAAGGAAAAGAAUUCUAGAUUCAAAAUGUAUGUGUCUCUUACCUAGAAAAGCAGUGACAAGCUCUGGAGCAGAACUUCCAGCAGCCAUAAAAGUUGCUCCAGCAACAUCCUGAGAGAGGCCAAGGCCUGAGGAUAGAGCAAAAGAAUUGCUUAAAAAAAAAAAAAAUACUUCAGUAGUCUGUACCCUUUACUUGCAUUAGUAUAUAAUGUUAGAAGCUACUACAGUUUAAUAGAAUGAACUUUGCUUACUUUCAUACAGUUAAUGCAUAUAUUUGAAACUGGUAAAAUAAUAUAUUGAAAACGUAGCCUCAGUUAUUGGGCUAAUUUAUUUCUAACUUUAUUACAGAAAUUAGUUUAAAUACCAGAAAAUUACUGAUAAUACAAGAGAUUUGGGCAUAUCUUAAAAUGUAAAGUAGGCAUAUGUAUGUGGGCUUUAACUCUGUUUCAUAUGGGUAAUUGUGGGGAAUUCCUUGGACUCUAGUGUGAUAUUGCUACAUGACCCAUGUCAAGUCUGUCUAUCUUCCAGGGAAAUCCAUGCUACUGUGUCUUCACAUACCAGAAAUACUAGUUAAAUUCAAACCAGUGCUGCGAUCUUAAAAAAUUUUCACUUCGUACGGACAGUAUAAGAGCCUGUGUCUUGCUUGAAUGAAAUGAGAUUUUUGUUCUGGUAAGUUGACUGUUUCUGAAAUGUAACUCUGUGCAUCAAGUUCUGCACACUAAGAACAGGGACGUAUGGCUAACUAUGGAAAAAGUCUGACAAAUGCUUAUUUAUCAUCAAUAAAAAAAUAUCAGCUCUA